ACAAACAAUAAUUAUUAGCCGCAGUGUAUUCCAUUGUCGAAAAUGAUAACACAACAAAUAAAGGGAAAAAAGUAGCUAAAACAAUUUUGUGAUAUGGAAGCAUCCCUGCAGGUUAAGUCAGAGAUAAUAGAUUUGGAUCUAACGGAAUCCGAAUGCAUCAGUAAUGCCGAACGCACAUCAGAAAACCUAAGUAAAGUAGGUGUUACUAUAAUUAAUUCAGUUGAUACCGACGUGCACAAUAUCGAUUCCUUAAAUGCGAAUUCUGAUUCAAUGCAUGAAGUUGGCCACUUCAAGGGCCCCAACUCUAAGCAAACAAAGAUCGAUUCUAAAAGGGGCAAUCAACUUGAUCAAAGCGAGAGUAAAUGGGUCGACUGCGACACACGAGACCAUCUGCAUAUCAACGGAAAUCUAUCCAACAAUCUGCAGGUAGCGUCCCCUAUCCCAACCACAGAUUCUACAAAACCACACAAAUGCGAGUUUUGUGAUAAAAGAUUCGUCUAUAAGAGCCGCCUUGUUGAUCACGUUCGAGUGCAUCUUAACUUAAGGCCCUUCCGUUGCGACGUCUGCGGUAAGGCAUUCCGUAAGAGUAGCAUACUUUCGCAGCACCAGUUGAUCCACAAGGGUGAACGACCGUACAAGUGUACCGUUUGUAGCAAAGAUUAUUCCCAGAAAACUAGUCUGAUCGCACACAUGCUCCUACAUGAAACUGAGCGACAGCACAAGUGCAUUGUAUGUAGCAAAGAAUUUAACCACAAAACUAACCUAACCGCACACAUGUCCAUUCAUACGGGCGAGUACCGGCACAAGUGCGAUGUGUGUGGCAAAGGAUUCAAUGCCGGUAACCAACUGAAAGAGCACAAGCACAUUCAUACUGGUGAGCGGCCGUACAAGUGCAAUGUGUGUGGCAAAGAUUUUUCCCAACAAGCUAGCCUUAUGAAACAUAAAACUCUGCACACAGGCAAAGAUGAAAGGCAGUACAGGUGCACCGUAUGUAACAAAGAUUUUACCUUAAAAAGUUCUCUAAAGAGACAUAUGUUGCUCCAUACGGGGGACUACCCGUACAAGUGUGUUGUGUGUGAUAAAGGAUUCUCUACAAAUUACUGCCUGGAGGAGCAUAAUUGCAUGCUUACAAGUGAGCGAACGUCAAGCGAGAACAAUAUAACGUACACCACGCGAGACGGCGUGUUGAAUAGCGGAAACUCUCCCAACGGUUUGUUGAUAACCUCGACCGUUUCAUCUAUCGCUUUCUCUCAACCACACGAAUGCGAGUUUUGUGGAAAAAGUUUUCUCCGGAAGAGGAACCUUCUUAAUCACAUCCGGGUACAUAGUGGUGAAUGGCUCUUCAGUUGCGAUGUCUGUGGUAAAGCAUUUCCCAGGAGUAGUGAACUAUCGCAACAUCGGUAUGUCCACGGUGAGCGACAAUUCAAGUGCACCGUGUGUAGCAAAGAGUUUACCUACAAUUCUAAUCUAGUUGCACACAUGUUCGUUCAUACGGGUGACUAUCGGUACAAGUGCGAUGUGUGUGGCAAAGGAUUCAUUAGCAGUACUAACUUGAAAGAUCACAAGCACAUUCAUACUAAGGAGCGGCCGUAUAAGUGCACCAUCUGUGGCAAAGGUUUUACCCAAAAAACUAGCCUACACAAUCACACUCGCAUUCAUACGGGUGAGCGGCAGUACAGGUGUAACGUUUGUGGCAAAGAUUAUACCUGCAAAUCUAAUCUAACUGCUCACAUGUACCUUCAUACGGGUGAGAUUCGACACAAGUGCGACGUGUGUGGCAAGGGAUUCAACAUCGGUGCUCACUUGAAAGAACACAAACGCAUCCAUACCGGUGAGCGGCCGUACAGGUGCACCGUGUGUGGCAAAGAUUUCACCCUCAAGAAUACCCUAACCGGACACAUGUCCAUUCAUACGGGCGAGUACCGGCACAAGUGCGAUGUGUGUGGCAAAGGAUUCAAUGCUGGCGUUCACUUAAAACAGCACAAAUGCAUUCAUACCGGCGAUCAAACGCGUGUGAAUGAUAUUGCUCCAUCAACGACUGGGAGUAUCUCAGGCCAAACUCAGCAGGACUGCGUGACGCCGUGGGAGUUCGGAUCUCAGGGGAAAGAUUCUUGAUAUAUUUCAGUAGCAUGACGUUGAUUUGUAACUGUAAAAUUGGAAGCCUUGUAAAAAAAUCGAGCAUCUUGUUCUUUUAUCAUAUAUUCUGUGAAUGCAUUUUUGUACCUGUGAUGAAUUCUAGAUGAAUUCCAUUUUUGAAGUUUUUCGUUUCGCAGAUCGAAUCGUUCUUCCUUCAAUGGUAUCAUCUUUGUUAAAAUAGAAUUGUAUUAAAAUUCAUGAAACAAUUGGUGUAUUUUAGAGUACACAUUCCUUGCUUCCAGUUUCUUCGGUGAAAAAACUCGCUCCUGUUUGCUAC